AUGGCUCUCCCACAGACCUACAAGGCCUUCCGCCACAGCAAGGGCAACACACCCACAACACUUGAAAUGGUCACAGAAGAGCUUCCAUCUUCGUUGAAACCAACUGAAGUACUCAUUCGCAUUCAUGCUGUAUCUCUGAACUACAGAGAUGCAGCAAUUAUGCACGGAAAAUACCCAGCUGGGGUGACCGAGCAAGGUAUCCCCACUUCUGAUUGCGCCGCUGAGGUUAUCAAAAUUGGAUCUGAGGUUGAUGAUUUCCAAAUUGGAGAUCGAGUGGCCCCUAUCUUUGAUUUGAACAACAUCGAUGGCACGGAAGAGGAGAAAGUGAUACUGGGUGGUGAUGUCGAUGGAGUAUUGCGCGAAUAUGCAGUGUUCGAUCGCAAUGUCUUGUUCCAUCUGCCUAAGCACCUUUCCUGGGAAGAGGCUGCGUGUAUCACUUGUGCAGGAACGACAGCAUGGAAUGCGUUGGACAUGCCCCGAUCAAAAGGCACCGCUCUUCUCCAAGGUACUGGUGGCGUUAGCAUGUUCAGUCUCCUGAUCUGCGUGGGCGCUGGCAUCCGCCCGAUCAUCACCUCGUCCUCCGAUCGAAAACUGGACCAAGCAAAGGCAAUCGCAGGUACCGACGCAGUUGAUACUAUCAACUACCGAGACCAUCCAGAAUGGGAAGAGGAAGCACGAAGUCUUACCAACGGACGAGGUGUGAAUGUUGUUGUUGACAACGUCGGGCCUUCUUCGAUCGCCCAGAGUCUCUCCUCUCUCGCUAGAAGAGGAACUGUGUCUUUGGUUGGAUUCCUGGGAGGAUUUGAUACGGAACAAUUCCCUGACACGGUCAUCCCGACUUUGAUGAAGAGCGCUACCAUUAGAGGGAUCAAUGUUGGCUCCAAGGCUGACCACCAAAGCGUGUGCGACUUCCUUUCAGAGAAGAACAUCAGUUUGAAGCCUAUUCUGGACACCAAGGCAUUUUCUUUCGAGGAUGCGCCGGCGGCAUUUGAUCACCUUUGGGAUGCGAAGCACAUGGGCAAAGUUGUAAUCAAAUUUUGA